CGCCGAAGUCACUCAAACGCUUUGAAUUUUCCACAUGCAACGUCGAAGAUGAAAGCUGCAACAAAAAUUGUCAAAACUGGUGAAAAGUCACAGAACGGAUCACUAAUCAAAGCUUCACUGAACAAAGCAUUAAGUGCAGAAGCAGAAUGGGACGACAAAGAUGAAUUUUUAGAUGUUAUAUACUGGAUGAGACAGAUUUUAGGAUUAAUUCUAGGAAUUGUAUGGGGGCUGAUACCUCUGAAAGGAAUUAUCGGUCUGGUUCUAUUUUUGGCAGUAAAUGUUGGAAUAGUGUACUUUUACUAUAACAGUUUCCAGAAGAUAGAUGAUGAAGAGUAUGGCGGGCCAUCAGAAAUAUUAAAAGAAGGAUUAAUGACAUCAUUUUCAACUUUUGUAGUAGCAUGGAUCUUAUUAUAUUCAGCUCUUUACACAGAUUUAUAACACAUGCUGAUUUUAACGAACAGACCAUCAUUGUCGUUUACCAAAUCAUUAUCAUCAGUGACAAGAAAAUACAGAAUUUGAUAUUGUUGAAAAAUGUAUAUAUUGUCAGCAAUAAUUAUUUAUAUGAUAAGUUACAAAGGUGCAAAUGUAAGCCAAAACAAUUCUGUGUAGGACAAAGUCAUGUAUAGUAUGAAUAUUACAGUUUUUUUUAUAAAAUACUAAAUUAAGAAGUUCACCAUUUUACUUAUGUUGGAAUAUAAGCACAAAAUUCUAAAAUUGAAUCUGUGAUUAUACGACUGCAUAAAUAUUUGUUGGUCGUAUAUUGGUAUCACAUCAUCAUUGUCAGCCUCGUCCUAAGACGGAUGAUUUCCGGAUAAUAACUUUAGUAUUAGUAAAUAGAAAUCAAUUAAUUUUGACACAAGGUUUAUAACCCCUAAAGGAAGGUUGGGAUUGAUUUUGGAGGUUUUGUGGCCAAGAGUUUAGGAAUUAGGGUCAACAAGGGGCACAAAUAAGUAUUUUCUAGGUUUUCGCACAGUAUAAGUAAAUAGAAAUGUAUGAAAUUUAAACACAAGGUUUAUGACUACUAAAAGAAGGUUGGGGUUCAUUUUGGGAGUUUUGGUCCGAACAGUUUAGGAAGAAGACGCCAAAAGGGGGUCAAAAUUGAACUUUGUUUGAUUUCAUAAAAAAUUGAGCUAUUGGGGUUCUUUGAUGUGCCGAAUCUAACCGUGUAUUUAUAUGUUCAAAUUGGUCUUCAUUAAGGUCCAAAGGGUCCAAAAUUAAACUUUGUUUGAUUAAACAAAGAAUUGUAUUCAUGGGAUUCUUUGAUAUGCUGAAUCUACACAUGUACUUAAAUUUUUGAUUAUGGGCCCAGUUUUCAAGUUGGUCCAAAUCGGGGUCCAAAAUUAAAGUUUGUUUGAUUUCAACAAAAAUUGAAUAUAUGGGGUUCUUUGAUAUGCUGAAUGUAACCAUGUGAUUAGAUUUUUUAUAUUUAAGCCCCCUUAUUAAAUUGGUCCACAUUGAGUUUUAAAGGGUCCAAAAUUGAACUGUAUUUGAUUUCAUUAAAAAUUAAAUUCUUUGGGUUCUUCGAUAUGCUGAAUCUAACUGCCGGUAUGUAUUUAGAUUUUGAAUAUUGGAUCAUAAUAGGUAAAUGUCGAUUUUAUAAAAAAAAUUUUAGUUCUUAGACCACAUUCAUUCUGUGUCAGAAACCUGUUCUGUGUCAACUAUUUAAUCACAAUCCAAAUUCAGAGCUGUAUCAAGCUUGAAUGUUGUGUCCAUAUUUGCCCCAACUGUUCAGGGUUCAACCUCUGUGGUCGUAUCCAACUUUGCCCUGCGGUGCAUCUAGUUAACUUUUAAUUUGAUUGUCUAUUAUUUAUUGUCACUACACUCAUAAUAUAAACAUGUACUUAAUCAGGAUAAUUUUAUGUUGAUUGUAAUAAACAAAAUGUUAAUUAGAAAUCUCUUAAGAUAAUGAUGGAUCCUCAUGUAUGGGUUGAUCUUUUUAUAUUCCAGUGUUAUGAUAUGAACAAAUGUUAGGGGAGACUUUGACAUAUGUAAAUAUUUAGAUAUUGCUCUUAAAAGAAAAUUUUAUACCAUUAUAAGCAUUUUAUGUCUUUUGUCCUGAAAACUGUAAUAGAUAGACAGUAGCUGUAAAAUAGCAACCAUGCUUUAUUCCUAUCUUUGAAUGAAAACUUUAAUUGAAACCUUACAUGAGUUCUGGACCUUUGAUGGUAAUAGUUGGCAAUUUUUUUUACAACAAUACUGAAUGUGGAAAUUCUAACAUGAGCAAAAUACUCAGAACAAAGAGAUAUAUACUAGAAAAACCAUAACUACCAAAAUUUGUAUUGCAGUUGUUGCCCUUUGAUUGGGAUCUUUCUCUUGAAAAGAAGAAUAUUUAUAUAUACAUAGAGAGAGAAAAUACACAUGCAAACUUAUUAAAACAUGUAAAUUAUUUCAUAUUGCAUUGCUAGAUUAAAUAGAAUAUUUAUGCAAAUUUUUAGAAAAGCAUAUGUGUUAAGUUGUGUGAUUUAACUACACAGAAUAUAAGUGUGAGAAUUUUAUUGGUGCAAUAUAGACUUUUAUUUAGUAUGAGUACUGGCAUUAAAAGUGGACAUAUAACCUAAAUCUCAUCGUAUUCAUAUAUUGACUUUCAAAGGCAAGCUCUACAUACUAAUUUCAUUUUUUCUCUUUUAAUCUUAAUAUUUUCUUUUCAUCUGUAAAAUAUUUUAUUUUAAUACAAUAACAUAUAAAUUGACUGACUUAUAAGUUUUAUAUUGUGUAAGUAACAUUUUUUACAUUACAAAUACUGAAAAGUUGCUAUAACAUUGUUGUAAAAUAUGCAUGUUGAAAAUAAAAAUGUUAGUUUA